GUCAACUUCAACUGUCAUUUUGAAACUUCCCACGUCCACGAGCCUGUCAUUUUGAGGUAUUUUCACCCAAAACAGCAAUCAUGGCGUCGAAUGAAACUUCGGGCGUGACCACAGGGCAGCCGAAUCUGCACAAGCAAGACUUGUCCAAACUAGACGUUACCAAACUGACCCCUCUGUCCCCAGAGGUAAUCAGUAGGCAGGCUACCAUUAACAUAGGUACCAUUGGGCACGUAGCCCACGGUAAAUCCACCGUAGUGAAAGCUGUAUCUGGGGUACAGACUGUCAGAUUCAAGAAUGAAUUGGAGAGAAACAUUACUAUCAAGUUGGGAUACGCUAACGCCAAGAUAUAUAAGUGUGAUAACCCAAAAUGCCCUAGACCAGCUUGCUAUAUCUCUGGGAGCUCUUCAAAAGACGACAGUUUUCCUUGCCUGAGACCUGCAUGUUCUGGAAGAUUUCAACUGGUACGUCACGUUAGUUUUGUGGACUGCCCUGGUCACGACAUCCUUAUGGCAACCAUGUUGAACGGAGCAGCUGUGAUGGAUGCUGCUCUGCUGUUAAUUGCAGGCAAUGAAUCAUGUCCCCAGCCACAAACUAGCGAACAUUUGGCAGCCAUUGAAAUCAUGAAGCUCAAGCAUAUUAUCAUUUUGCAGAACAAGAUUGAUUUGGUUAAGGAGGGGCAGGCUAAGGAACAGCAUGAGCAGAUUGUUAAAUUUGUGCAGGGGACUGUGGCAGAAGGUGCUCCAAUCAUCCCAAUUUCAGCCCAGCUGAAGUAUAACAUAGAGGUGCUUUGCGAAUAUAUAGUUAAGAAAAUUCCUAUCCCACAAAGGGACUUUACAUCAGAACCAAGGCUGAUUGUAAUUAGGUCAUUCGAUGUAAACAAACCUGGAUGUGAAGUCAACGAUUUGAAAGGUAUUUGAAAUAUGAACUAAAGAAUGUUAUUCGAAUGUUAAUCUGUGUCACUCUGUCUUUCAGAAAUUUUCAUAUUUGUAUGUAAUGACAUCAUGAAGUUUUUUUUUCUACAGUCAAUUGCAAAGUUUGUGGUGUUACUUGAAGCAGUAUUAUUUGCAGUCAGAAAAAAUAGUACCAGGAUUUUUUCAUUGUGCCCUAGGAGCAUAUCAAUGAAUUCUCCAUAAUGGAUAAUGGCUGGAGCAUCCCUUGACACAGAUGCCUAUAAAUUUUACAGUGUUGCCACCUGAUCGAUAUGUGGAAAUAUCCUGAGACUAGACUUUUUAGCUAAUAAUAAAGUACCACAUUUGGGAGUAUAAUGUCAUAUAAGGAUAUUCAGAUGACUAUACAUUAAUUGAUGUCAAUUGGUCCAUAGGUGGCGUUGCCGGUGGUAGUAUUCUGCGAGGUGUCUUAAAAGUAGGUCAGGAAAUCGAAGUAAGACCCGGAUUGGUCAGUAAAGAUGCUGAAGGCAAACUCACCUGUAAACCGAUCUUCUCGAGGAUCGUCUCUCUCUACACUGAGCAAAAUGAGCUUCAAUUUGCUGUUCCUGGAGGCCUAAUUGGUGUAGGAACAAAAAUUGAGCCUACACUUUGUAGGGCUGACAGAUUGGUGGGACAGGUGCUUGGUGCAGUGGGUGCAUUGCCCAACAUUUUCAUAGAACUUGAAGUGAGUUACUAUCUUCUGAAACGUCUGCUUGGCGUGCGUACUGAGGGAGAUAAAAAAGGAGCAAAAGUACAGAGGUUGACAAAGAGUGAAGUAUUACUAGUUAAUAUUGGAUCUCUUAGCACAGGUGGUCGAGUGGUAGCGACAAAGGUCGAUUUGUGCAAAAUCGCCCUGACGAGUCCCGUGUGUACGGAAAGAGGCGAGAAGAUCGCUCUUAGCAGAAGAGUCGAGAAGCACUGGCGUCUGAUUGGUUGGGGUCAAAUCCGCGGAGGGGAGACCAUCGAACCAACCAAGUAGACUUUGGGUGGAUCAACUUAGAAUUUAUAUUCAAUUGGUACACACAGAAAGACAAGAGAACAAAGUCUAUUGAUUUAUUUCAGAUAACAUCGUUUGUGUAAUUGCUCUUCAUGCUGGUUUUGAAUAAAAAUCCGCAUCAUAUUAGUAAUAUUUACAAA